GCUCUCCCUCUACAUAAACCCCAUAACCKUCCUCACAWCUGUGUUUCAGCUCUUUGUGCUGCACUGAGAACACUGAUUCCUUAUUCCUUCCACUCUGAAUACAGGGAUCCUCUCCUCUCACAACCCAGGAUCCUAGGAUUGAUACUACAGCAGAURUUUAAAGAUGACACCCACACCAACUGUAACUCUCAACACCGGGGCCAGCAUGCCUAUCGUAGGCUUGGGGACAUGGAGGGWAAGAUAAAGCGAAAUMGUGUUUCUUCUAGUCAUCUUGCAUGGAUGGCGUUGAUCAUUGUUGAACUGAACUCAUGGAAUCAACAAUAGGCAGUUAACUGUUUCUUUCCCUUUGGCAGUUACCGGCAGAUGCGGGCAAGGUAGCAGAGGCAGUGAAAGCGGCCAUCUCUGCAGGCUACAGACACAUAGACGGAGCCUACUGUUACCAGAAUGAGGACGAGGUCGGGGAUGGCAUUCACACCAUGAUUGGCCAGGGGGUGGUGAAGAGAGAGGAGCUUUUCAUCGUCAGUAAGCUGUGGUGUACUCUCCAUCAGAAGUCUAUGGUGAAGGGAGCCUGUCAGAAGACUCUGAGUGACCUCAGACUAGACUACCUGGACCUCUACCUAAUACACACCCCGAUGUGCUUUCAGCCUGGAGAGAAUCUAUUUCCUUUUGGUGAAGACGGACAAGUAAUCGCAGGUGACAGCAACUUCCUGGACACUUGGGAGGCUAUGGAGGAGCUGGUGGAUGCUGGACUGGUCAAGGCUAUCGGUGUCUCCAACUUUAACAAAGACCAGAUUGAAUCCAUCCUGAACAAGCCAGGCCUCAAGUAUAAACCUGCCAACAUCCAGGUUGAAUGRCACCCCUAUCUGAACCAGGAGAAGCUGAUCAACUACUGUCACUCUAAAGGCAUCUCUGUGACAGCCUACAGCCCUCUGGGCUCCCCAGACAGACCAUGGGCGAAACCUGGUGAGCCGUCCCUGCUCGAGGACCCAAAGAUAAAGGCCAUCGCUGUUAAGCACAAUAAGACCACAGCACAGGUCCUUAUCCGCUUUCAAAUKCAGAGGAAUGUGAUUGUCAUUCCCAAGUCGGCUACGCCCUCCCGGAUCAAGGAAAAUUUCCAGGUGUCCGACUUCAAGUUAAGUCCCGCAGACAUGAAAGUCAUCCUUGGUUUCAACAGGAACUGGAGAGGAUUCGCUAUGGAAUGGGGCAACAAGCACAAAGACUUCCCURUGCAUGCAGAGUACUGAAGCCUCAAGAGUGGAACUGGAGCUGAAGAGCUGAAGGACACUGACCUGACACCCACAUUCCUAUACUGUAGUGCCCGUCUUCCUGUCUGUGAAAAACACUGGGGACAUACAGCGAGAAGUCCAGUAGUUGUAUAUAGACUCAACCACUACUUUGACAUUGUUCAUGAGAGYCAGGAAAGUUCAGGAGGCGAACAGAACGUCCACAGAAAAUGUCAGUGUAAUGUAAUAAUUGGGAAAUAGUGCCUUUACUUGUUCAAAGUUGAAACAUGUUGCAUAGUUGUAAGUUUACUUACAUGUUGGAAAGUGCCUUUGAAAGCCCGCUACACGUGCUGUGCGUCUCGUUCUAAUAUGAAAUGAAUCGGUCCUUAGACAGCUCUURAGAGAUAUAUCUCAAACAAUAUGUUAACAUUGACAACUUACACAGUAAAAUGUGACUCAGUCCAGAAUGUCUUGAUGUUCUGCACUUAGAUGUCAUGUAUUURUACAUAUUUGAAACAAGAUUCUAAUCCUGAAAUAUAAACUGCUAUCUGAC